AUGCCCCGACCAAUUGACAUUAUUGUUGUGGGUCUUGGAAACCCAGAACCCGAAUAUGCUACAACACGUCAUAAUGCUGGAUAUAUAUUUAUCGACUAUCUAGCAAAUGCAAUGGCGCUUGCUCAAGAACAAGUCACGCAAGGUGCACGAAGUCUUCCUAAAUUUUAUCGACGUUUGGAUCUGUCUGCUGAUAUACAUGAUACAAUAUUUACCUCUUCCAGUAACAAUGGAUCUGUUGAGAAUUCGUUUAGAGUUAUUCUGAUGAAACCUUUAACAGCUAUGAAUGAAUCUGGAUUGGCCGUACGAAAGGUUUUACAACACUUUGCUGUCAAUGACACCAAAAAACUUGUGGUCGUGGCAGAUGACUUGAAUACUUUGCCGGGAGCGCUGAUGAUUCAAAGUGGAGGAGAUUUAGCAGCUAUGAAAGGUCAUAAAGGGCUGGAAAACAUUGUAUCUACAAUCGGAAAAGAAUUUAUUAGGUUCCGAUUGGGGGUUGGUCGACCGAUUUCAGAAGCGACGCAAAUAUCACAAUGGGUCUUAAGCCCUUUUGGAAAAGAAAAUCGAGAAAUGGAUCUCUUUGGCUAUCUCCUUCAUUUAACAACUCAAGCUUUAUACGAUUAUAGUAUUCAUAAAGAUUUAAGGCGAGUUAGAAAGAAAUUUGUGAAUGCUAAAAAAUUGCCAAAUAAAUUAACUGAAAUGAGUGGCUUAGUAUUUCCGGUUGAUACUCACGGAUUUUAA